AGGCAAAGAAGAGACAUAACCAUAAACAGAGAGAGUUCGUCUUUUUGUCUUUAAUAAGUGUCUCUGUUUCUUAAAACAUUCUACGAAACUUCUUCAGAUCGUAAUCAGUGUAGCUUUAAUGGCUUUGUCUUUUGGAUACUUUCAAAGAGACAACAGUUUCAAGAAAGAUUCACAAGAGUGUGAAACACCGAGAAUUCGUAAAAACCCGGUACACAUGUAUCUUGAGAAGACUUUAUCGUUCAAAGAUUUGGUCGAUCAGGGGAACAACUACAGAGAUGGAAGUUGCGGGGUCAAAACGAGAAAAGGUAUAAACUUGAAGGGUCCUAAACCAGAUAACAUGAUUCUUGAGAGAAGUCUCUCGUUCACGAGUCUAGUCCAAGUGGAACACAGAGAAGACGAAGAAGAAGGCUCGUCUCCAAAACGAAGGAACAGAGGUAAAAUGGGGAAUUUAACGGCGUUAAGUUUACCAGCACCGACGCCGUUUUGGUCUCCAAGACCGUCGACGGAGCUAGACGCUGCCGCCGUUACGUUACAAAAGGUUUACAAGAGUUAUCGAACACGUAGAAACCUUGCUGAUUGUGCAGUUGUUGUUGAAGAGUUAUGGUGGAAAGAAUUGGAAUUGGCAUCGUUAGAACCGAACAAAACCAAUGAGAAACCGGAGUCGGCUGUAUCAAGGUGGGCAAGAGCUGGAACAAAAGCAGCAAAGGUGGGGAAAGGAUUGUUGAAAGAUGAUAAAGCACAAAAAUUAGCAUUGCGACAUUGGUUAGAAGCCAUUGAUCCACGACAUAGGUACGGACAUAACUUACACUUAUACUAUGAUGUCUGGUCAGAAAGCGAGAGUACUCAGCCUUUUUUCUUCUGGUUAGACAUUGGAGAUGGCAAGGAAGUAAAUCUCAACAAAUGUUCAAGAACGCUUCUUCAACGCCAAUGCAUCACUUACCUUGGUCCGAAGGAGAGACAAGCUUACGAAGUGGUAGUGGAAGAUGGGAAAUUAGUCAACAGACAAACCAAGAACCUUGUGGAGACUAUUGAAGGAACCAAAUGGAUCUUUGUGUUGAGUACGACAAGAAAAUUGUACAUUGGUCAGAAGCAGAAAGGUCGGUUUCAACACUCGAGUUUUCUCUCCGGUGCCGCGAUCACCGCCGCCGGUAGAAUUGUUUCGCAUCGUGGCGUUGUAAAAGCUGUGUGGCCGUACAGUGGUCAUUAUCUCCCGACAGAAGAGAAUUUCCGAGAAUUUAUCGGUUUCUUGAAAGAAAACCACGUGGAUCUCACUAAUGUCAAGAUGAAUGCGAUUGACGACGAUGAUCAUUUGGUCACAAAUGACGGAAGCACUAAGCCGUCGAUGAUGGUGGCGAAAUCGGACGGUUCAGAUGAAAAGAAACGAUUUUCAUGCAAGUGGAGUACGGGAAACGGUCCUAGGAUCGGGUGUGUGCGGGACUACCCAAUGAAUCUGCAGACGCGGGCCCUUGAACAAGUCAACCUUUCUCCUCGUGUAGUCAACGGAACAAUGGGAUUAUUUGGCCCAAUACCAUCGCCAAGACCCAGCCCAAAGAUCCGUGUCUCUCCUAGACUCUCUUGCAUGGGUCUUCCAAGCCCAAGGCACUAAUUUUCCCAUUUUUCCUAAUCUGAUCAAUUAAUUUUGAAUAUUCCU